CACUCUGGCAGUUAAUUUCUUCUCCAAUUCGGUUCUUCGCCCAUUCUUUCUUUUCCACCCUAAAUUCAUUUUUUCGCUUUCAUUUUUCUGCAAUUUCGAUUUCUUUUUGCUGGAUCUAGUGUCUCCGGCGACAUCAAGGGCUGAGAAUGGAAGCUCAUGGCAGCGGAUUCCGCCGCGUGCUCGUGCUCGCCUUUUGCGUCGCCGGGAUUUGGUCCGCUUAUAUUUACCAAGGCGUUCUGCAGGAGACUCUGUCCACGAAGUGCUUUGGUUCCGACGGGAAGAGAUUUGAACACCUUUCGUUCCUUAACCUAGCACAAAAUGUUGUCUGUUUAAUAUGGUCAUACAUAAUGAUAAAGCUCUGGUCCAGUCGUAGCACUGGUGGUGCACCUUGGGGGGCAUACUGGAGUGCUGGUAUUACGAACACGAUUGGACCAGCUAUGGGAAUUGAAGCUUUAAAAUAUAUAAGUUAUCCUGCGCAGGUCCUGGCAAAGUCAUCAAAAAUGAUUCCAGUGAUGCUGAUGGGUACGCUAGUUUAUGGUAUAAAGUACACAUUUCCAGAAUAUGUUUGUUCUUUUCUGGUUGCUGGUGGAGUAUCUACAUUUGCACUCUUAAAGACUAGCUCAAAGACUAUCAGCAAGUUGGCACAUCCUAAUGCUCCCCUUGGAUAUGGACUUUGCUUCCUGAACCUUGCAUUUGAUGGAUUCACAAAUGCCACUCAGGAUUCCAUUUCAGUAAGGUACCCAAAAACAAGUGCAUGGGACAUAAUGUUGGGAAUGAAUCUCUGGGGUACUAUAUAUAAUAUGAUUUAUAUGUUUGGGUGGCCCAAUGGUACAGGAUAUCAUGCCAUAGAAUUCUGCAGGCAGCAUCCUGAAGCAGCGUGGGACAUUCUUCUGUAUUGUCUCUGUGGAGCAGUAGGCCAAAAUUUUAUAUUCCUUACAAUUAGCAGAUUCGGUUCCCUCGCUAAUACCACCAUUACCACAACUCGCAAGUUUGUGAGCAUUGUGGUUUCCUCUGUGCUGAGUGGAAAUCCUCUGUCAUCCAAGCAGUGGGGCUGCGUUGUAAUGGUCUUCUCGGGGUUAUCAUAUCAAAUCUACCUCAAGUGGAGGAAGCUGCAAAAGUUGCAGAGAAAGAGAAAGACCACCUAACUAGGAAGGAAAUACACAUUGUAACCAAAGGUUCAAUGGUCCUUAAAUUAGAGGGGUAUCUGGAAUAUUCAUGGAUCAUGUAGAUUUAUAGAGCGCUUUAGAAGAUAUAUGAACAAAGUUUUGACUCUGCCUUUUCUUUUCUUUUAUUUUAGUCAGGCUUUUCGGAGAGUGAGUUCUUUUUUGGGGAACUCAAAAGAAAACAGCUAGCUGAUGCUGAUGAGGAUAUAUACAUACUCAUACUAAUGAUAUCUAGGAGUUUUAUUAUUAGUUAUAUUUAAA